AUGGAUGAGCUUCCAAAUACUGAUUUUCCAACAUCAGAUUAUGAGUUGUUUACAUCUUAUAAUGUUGAAGCCUGCAAAACAUCUUGCUUGGAAGAUUGUCUAUGUGCUGCAGCUGUUUCUAGAGACAACAGAUGUUGGAAGAAAAAACUACCACUUUCAAAUGGAAGACAGGAUAGUGGAGUUAACGGUAAGACUUUCCUUAAAUUAAGGACUAGUGGUACCCUCCAAAGCCCAACUCCUCCAUUACCUCCAAAGGCAAAGAAUCAGAACACUUUGAUCAUUGUGGGAUCAGCACUCUUGGGUAGUUCUGUGUUUGUCAACUUCAUAUUGGUUGGUGCAAUUUGUUUGGGUUUCUUCUUCUACUACCAGAAGAAGCUCACGGGAACUCACCAGGACAAAGCUUCAGUGGGAAGCAAUUUGCGCUACUUUACCUACAAAGAGCUCAUAGAAGCAACACAGGGGUUCAAGGAAGAGCUGGGAAGGGGAUCAUGUGGCAUUGUUUACAAGGGGAAAACUGAUCAUGCAGGAGGACCAGUACUUGCUGUCAAGGUGUUGGACAGAGUAUUUAACGACAAGGAAAAAGAAUUCAAAGCUGAAGUUAAGGUCAUAGGCCAAACACAUCACAAAAAUCUUGUCAGACUUCUAGGAUAUUGUGAUGAGGGACAGCACAGGUUGCUGUACUUGAGCAAUGGCACUUUGGCAAGCUUCCUUUUCGGGGAUGAUGUCAAGCCCAGUUGGCAACAAAGAAGCCAGAUUGCAUUGGGGAUUGCUAGAGGGCUUGUUUACUUGUAUGAAGAACGCAGCACACAGAUCAUCCAUUGUGAUAUAAAGCCUCAGAAUAUACUUCUUGAUGAAUAUUACAACGCUAAAAUAUCCGACUUUGGAUUGGCAAAGCUGCUCAAUCAAACCCAAGCUUCUAAAACAGCAAUCAGAGGAACAAAAGGGUAUGUUGCACCUGAUUGGUUCAGGUCUGCACCAGUCUCUGUGAAGGUUGAUGUGUAUAGUUUUGGCGUCUUGCUUCUAGAAAUCAUUUGUUGCCAGAGAAACGUGGAUGUGGAAUUUGGUGGUGGAGAGAGGGGAGUUUUAACUGACUGGGCAUAUGACCUCUAUAUGGAAGGCAGAUUAGAUGCUCUGAUUGAAAAUGACAUGGAGGCCAUGAAUGAUAUGAACAAAGUUGAGAGAUUUGUGAUGGAAUACAACAGUUGCCAUUUGGUGCAUCCAAGAAGACCCUGCAUUGAGACCUACCAUGAAGAAGGUUAUGCUGAUGCUUGA